AACAGCUCAUACACUUCACUGUUCUUCCCAAAUUCACUUUUAACCUAGAAGCAAGCUGCCAUCACACCAAGUCAAUCGCGAUGACCCUCGCACCCAGCAAGCUCGGCUUCAUGUUCAUCUAACUCUCACACCUAGCCCUUCAUCUAACCCUCACACCCAACCUUCUCUCUGUUGUACCCGAACCCUAAAUCACUUUCUCAUUCACCACUCUCAUCACUACUCCUGCCGUCCACGAUUAACUGCGCCUGGAGCUCUGUCAUCUUCAUUUCACUGCACCUCGAGAUCUGCGGUGCACGAUUUACUGCGCCUCAAGCUCCAUUGUCUCUCCGUCUCGAGCAUCACCGCCUUCGUAUGAGCAGCGUCGCAGCCGACCCAUCGUCCUCUUCUCUAUCCCUUGCAAGCAUUGGCGUGCCCAGGCAUCGGCAUGCCCUUCUACUACCUCAGUGGUCUCUAUCUUGCAAACCCUUGUUAGAUUCGGAACCCUCUAUCUCUGUCUUAGUGGUCUCUCCCUCAAUCGGCUCCGCAAGCACUGUUUGACUUCGUGGAUGCUCAUCAGAAAUGGAUAGGUACUGAACAUGAGAAGUUCGGCUUUGAGUUUGGAAGCUUGCGUCCAAUGAAGUACGAGCAAAUAGCAGAGUUGUUGAAUGGCAUUGCUGAGAGAUUUGAGUGGGAUAAAAUAAUGGAAGGUGAUAAAAUUAUUGGACUCAAACAAGGGAAGCAGAACAUAUCAUUGGAGCCAGGUGGUCAGUUUGAGCUUAGUGGAGCCCCUCUUGAAACCUUGCAUCAGACUUAUGCUGAAGUUAAUUCACACCAAUAUCAGGUUAAAGCUGUUGCAGAGGAAAUGGGCAUUGGAUUUUUGGGGAUGGGCUUCCAGCCAAAGUGGGGAAUCAAAGACAUACCUAUAAUGCCAAAUGUCAGGCUGAAGAGGUAUUUGGAGAUGAGAGGUGCUGAUGGAGGGCCAUGGAGAAGGUUAUGUGCCUUACCAGCACUUUGGAUUAUUCGUGAAGUGUAUUGUGGAGCUUUCCAUGUGGUUGCUUUAUCCGAGGAAGGCCUAGUACAAGCUUGGGGUGAUUCAAUGACAUUCUUAAUUCUCUUCCUAAAAAUUCAUUUUUGUUUAUGUUUGUAAAUUUUAUGUACACUGUCGUUGCGUGUAUAGAGAUGACAUGGCUAAUUUGGUUUGAAUUUUAUAAAUGUAAUACUAAUUUUUAUUAAUUUUUUUAAAUGACAAUCA